AGAUCGCUUGUGCCUUGUUUGUUUUAAGGAAGCCUUUCCUGUGCUGAAACAGAGUCUUACUGCAGGCUCUUAAACUGUUUUGUUGCUGAAUUAUUGCUGGGAAGCCUGUGGUACUGAUUGAUAUGGAAGUGGUAUAUCUCUCUGCAUUUACUCACUGACAUGUACCAUGCCUGAGGCGGACUGAACACACAGCCCGACCUCACUCCUGGCAUUCUACAAAAUUAGUGGAAAACCAACCAGAUUCAAGCAUGAUGCAAAUAUCUCAGGGCACGAUCAGCACUCCUUGGCACCAAACCUACCAUUCUAGUUCUUCGACCAGUGACCUCUCUGGCUAUGAUCACGGGUAUCUAAGAAGGAGUCCUGAUCAGUACAGCUCGAGGGGCAGCAUGGAAAGCCUGGACCAUACCAACCCUCCUUACCACUCCUGCAACCUCUCGUCUGCCAAAUCCACUAACAGCAUAGAUCAGCUUUCCCACCAUCAUAGCAAAAGGGACUCUGCCUACAGCUCCUUCUCUACAAGCUCCAGCAUCCCUGAAUACCCAGCUCCAACUUUCCGCACUGAACGUUCUUAUUCCAUGGAAAACAUGCCUUCCAGGAAUAGUCUACAUGAAGGAAUCAGACAAGCUGACAUAAAGUAUGUAAAAACGGUCUAUGACUCCCAGAGAGGAAUAUCUGAGGAGCAUGAAGUUAGCUGCCCUUCGACGAUUAAGAGCUCUAGUAGCCGAGCCCAAACUGAUCCCAGGAGCUAUUACAAGCCCUACAGUGGCAACAGACACAGUAUUGGACCAGUGUGGAAUAACCCAAGUAGAAGCUCUUUUGAGACAGAUAAUAAAGCACCACCUCUUCCUCCAACUCGCAGUGACAGUUUCAUGGCAAUCAGAAGUCAUGAGAAACCUACCUCCUGGUCAAGUUUGGAUGGACAGGCCAAGCCUGUUCGACCUCAGCCAAAGGGAGCGUGGCCUCACCAUAUCAACACGGGUUCUUGUGGGCAAACCCAUCUACUGAAGCCUGUAUUUAUAGAAGGACAACUCAACACGGUGUUGGAGAAGAGCCCGGAAAGUAGCCCAGCUGUUCAGCCUAGGCACAGUUACACUCAAGCACCACAACCAGGUCAAGCAAUGCUACCAACUGGAAUUUAUCCAGUGCCUCAGCCUGAACCAAGGUAUGCCCAGGCACCAACCAACAACACUAACUGUUUGCAUCAAAACACUAAUAACGGGUUACUCUACCCUGCUCUAAGUAGAGAAAAUACACAUGGCACUCAAAAUUCAACUGAAAGGACUAAAUGUACUCCGUGCAAUGUAGAGGAAAGCAAAAACCAAAGCAUCAUCAAUAAGUCUGCCCUUUAUCAACCCAAUGCUGCACACCUUGAUUCUAACAAUGAAUAUGAGAAGAUGUCAGAUCACCCAGAGGGACAAUAUGGUCACUACAAGGUGCAUGCCUUCUCUGAUUCAAAAUGUUCUCCUGACACUGCUCCAGUGUCUCCUGAUAUUGGCCCACUGUCUUGUCACAGUUCUCCAGCCAGUGCCAGCAGCAGCACAAGUGAUGCACAGUAUCGUUGUAGAAAUAUCGAACCUCCACAAGCACAGCAAAGAAGAAAAAGCAGUGAGAAAGUCCCAUCCAGACAGCGAGCUGAGAGCUGGCAAGGCAAAGGUCAGGCAGAUGGAGAGUCCUAUCAGAGGAAGACUGAACAAGAAAAUCAUCCAUCUCGGAUGCAGGAUGAGAACCGAAACAAACAAAGCUCUCCUCUGUGGCAGAACCACCAAGAAAGUAAAAUGGUCCACCGUAGGCAACAAAGUUUGGAUGCAAAAACAUUACAGCAGUGGGAAAGUUACAAUGAGAGCCGAUUAUCUCAAAAAUGGAGUCCGGACUGUAAAGAGCAGGUCUCUGAUCACUGGAGUAACUAUGAAAGGCAAUUGUGUCCUAAACGCUACAGUGACAUAAUCAACACAGCUCAGUCUCCAUUUGUGCAACCACAAUAUGAGGAGCAGAACCAGUGUCAAGAGCAGCAAAACAAAUUUGAUUUCAGCAGGUCACGGUAUAGUACCAGUAGCACCCAAAGCUCCCAGAGUGGCCAGUUUGGAAAACCUGAAAUGGCAAAACGCUCCUCUGUGCUCGAGACUGUCAAUAAGAUUGAACAACGCGAGCACGACAGUGAGAGAGUUCCAAAUACCCGAGGAUUUCACUAUGGUUCAGACUCUGUUAGGUUAAGCCAGUCUUCCAGUGCGAGAAGUUCAAUUAACUGCAUGGAUGAUCUUAGGAACAGAUGCAGUAUCACAGAAGGCCAACCAGCAAGGCAGCCAUCAGCUUCGAUGAACAACUUAAUAACUGCAGACAAGACCCCUAUCUUGCAUCAUUUGACGUGCGAGAGCAGAGAUGCAGGUAACAAAUUAGAGGAACUGAGGCGUCAGGAUGGAGAGCUGCAGUUUCCUGCUAAAUCUGCACAAAGGUGCAACCGUGCUUCAGUUCCCAUUGCAAACAAGGGAGCCCAGCUCAGCAAGAGCAAGAGUUCUAUCCAGCUGAUGGAUAAAGGUGAAAAAGACACCCUCUGGGAAGAUGAUCUUUCAGGCUCUCCCCCUGAUAAUGCAUUUAACCGAGCUUACAGAAACAGUCUGAAGGAUGCUCAAAGCAAGGUGCUGAGGGCCACUUCUUUCCGGCGUAAAGAUCUGGAUUUAACCUCUCCAUAUGCGAACAAACAAAAGGCUCCUGAUAGGCCAGCCUCGGCCCAUGUUGGGUCAGUGUCUCAGGUGAAGCUCUUACACAUACCAAAGGAAAGGCAUUGUGUCACGCCAACAGAAGUGAGGAAUCCUACACCAGAUUUCAGCAGCAAAGAGCUUCAAAGCAGUCAUCAUGUAGCACGCAUUGGAAACAGGAAGCGCUUGACAGCCGAGCAGAAGAAACGAUCAUACUCGGAGCCUGAGAAAAUAAAUGAGCUGGGAGUAUCUGACAAUGAAACCUCAUUUGCCGGUCAGCAUAAAAAAGAUCGGACUUUUACUUUCCCAGAGCCCACGGAACUGAGAUCCGUAGCAGACAGGCGGAGGCUUUUCGAAAGAGAUGGCAGGACCUUGUCAACAGUGAACCUUUCUAAGCCUGAACUGAAACAGAUCCAGCAGAAUGCACUGGCUGAUUACAUUCAUCGGAAAACAGGCAAAAGACCUAUCGUGCAAGAAACUGGAGUUGUUCAGGAACGAUCGCAAAGUGUUUACCUUCAGCUAAGCAGAUCUGAUGAUCAGAGCCUUUCCUCCUGUUCGAGUAUGAGCUCACUGCUUGAUCAGAGCAUCUAUGGCCGCCAGCCUGUUGAAAGAUUGCCCGAAACAGCUCAUGUUUCCUUGACACUCCCCCCUGGACUAUCGGGCAGCUUUGAUUUGUAUGGCGAUGCACAUCAGGCUGGCAGCGGCGCCUCACUGAACCAGCACAGAAUGAAAAUGGAGCGCACGUAUGGCUCAGAGUUAAUACUGAAUAAAAUAGCUCCUCAGGAUCCAGUCCGAGCUUACAAUCAGCCCCGUAAAAAUCAAUACCCUCAUCAGCAACAGCCAGUGUUUGAUAGGCACUCGUCUGCAAGGAAUUCUGGAAAGUUUGCAUCUGCUGACAACCUACUCGAAAGACCGGAAAACCCAGUAGCUGUCCACGUUCGGUCAAGGUCAUCGCCGUCAACUGAGAUGAUCUCGGAGGAUGUUCUCUGUGCCAUGAACAGACCAUUCGGCCUCUCUGGAAAGGAUCCAAUUUCUUUUUCAUCUAAGUUGAUGGGCACUGACUGUUUGGGCAGCAUUCAUGGUGUACUAUCAGCACCCGGUUCAAGGAUACAAGUGUCCAGAGCACAGCGUUCUGACUGUAGCCGGCAGCUAGUGAGGGCAGCAUCACAAGACUGGUCUUUUAACAAUGAAGGAAAAGAUGGCAGAAACAAGCCUACAGGGGCACAUCUUCCAACCAGUUAUGAGAAUGAACCAAACCUCCUGGCGGGAAACAAAUCUUCCAAUCAAAAUGAGAAACACAAACCACUUGAAGGCUACAGGCCCAGAAGCACUUCCAGCAUUGGCCAGCUGACCAACGUUGGCCAACACAACCAUCGCAGUACAUCCGAGAACACAGCACUAGGAAAAGCAACUUCAGAACAAUACAGCAAAUCCAUUUCAAAUGUUCAAGAAAGUAUGAGACGCAAACCUACAGUGGGAGGGCCAGAGUCAUUUGUAAACUCCCACCCAGAAGGAAUUGGUGCUGAAGCAGCAUUGAAGAAGAAGGCAACACCACCUCAGAGGCCUCCAGCUCCUAAACUGAAAUGGGUCAAUUCAAUUAAUGAUGAUUUGGCAAAACGGAGCCCGUUUUCCAACACGGCUGGGUUCAAUCUCAAUCCAUCUGAAAGGGAACCAGAUUAUUUCACAGGAAGUAGCAUCAGUUGGGAGCCUGAGAUGCCACCCGCUCGGCCCCCUUCGCCUCAGAGUACAGUGCACUUGUCCUCUUCUCCAUUGCGCCUCCAAUCAUCAUCGUCUUUUCCAGAGGAGGACGAUGUGUUUAUCCAAGAUCUAGAUCAGCAGGCCCUUAGCAGUGGAUACAAGCCACUUCCACUUCCACCUCCACCUCCACCUCCACAGGACCCCAGAGCUGUCUCAGGGAUCAGAGACCUAGACUUCCCACCACCACCACCCCCAAUUAGUUUUGAGGAUGAACAAGCAGAGGAAUUAUUUAACAGGAAUGAUGAGGAAGCUCUGGCCAGGUUUCCAGACAAUGAUGCUGCAAAGGACAAUGUAUCUGCGGUGACCAGCAAGGAGAAAAAUGGCCAAACAAACCCACCCUGCAACUGCAACAUUUCUGCAGUGAACUGUGGGCCAGAAAGUGCAACAAUUAACCUUCCUACAGCCCCAGAGCAAACUCUCACUACCCAAAUUGCACAGCGCAGAAACCAGAGCUGGGAUGCAUCAUGUGUUAAAGCCCAAAAGGUAGCCACAAGCCAAGAAAACCUAGACUGCAAACAUUCCUCUGUGCCACUGGAAGUAAAUAAGAAGUCUCCUGAGGACCUCAAGUCAGAAGAACUUGCCAAGGAGAUUGUUGGCAAAGAUAAGUCUCUGGCAGAGAUUUUAGAUCCAGAUUCAAAUAUGAAGACGACCAUGGACCUAAUGGAAGGUAUUUUCCCCAGAAGCAGCACGGUAAGGCAGGAGGCACAACACAGAAGGCCGAGGUUACAAAAGGUGAUCAACAAACCCGUUUCUGAAGAAGUUAAGAAAGAAGAAAAAGAGACGGGAGCAGCUUCAGCUCAUUGUCCCACUUAUUAUAGCACGUCUGCCGUCAAAGCUGAGCUGAUGAAUAAAGUAAAGGACCUGCAAAGAAAUUCUGCUGAAGAUGAGGAGGAAGAAGAACCAGACAUCAACGAGAAAAAAUCUGAGCUAAUUGAAAGCAUAACAUGCAAACUUCAGACCUUGCGUGAAGCCAAGAACAGCCUAGUAACUGACAUUAAACUGAACAGUGCUCUGGGUGAGGAAGUAGAGGACAUGAUUAAAGGCCUGUGCAAGUCCAACGAGUUUGAAAAGUACAAGAUGUUCAUUGGGGAUUUGGAUAAGGUCGUAAACUUGCUGCUUUCCCUUUCUGGUCGUUUGGCUCGAGUGGAAAAUGUCUUGAAGACUCUCGAUGAAACUGCAAGCGCUGAGGAGCGUAAUCUAUUAAAUGAGAAGCGAAGACUUCUGACUAGUCAGCAUGAGGACGCAAAGGAACUGAAAGACAAUCUGGAUCGCAGAUCACGUGUGGUUCUGGAUAUUCUGGAGAACUACUUGACAGAGGAGCAAUUUCAAGACUACCAGCACUUUGUGAAGAUGAAGGCAGCUUUGCUGAUGGAGCAUCGAGAGCUGGAUGACAAGAUCAAGCUGGGUGAGGAGCAGCUCAAGUGUUUGUUGGAGAGCCUACCUGCUGACUUUGUAUCAAAAAGGACGGCUCACUCACCUGCCAGCCACCCAGAGCCUGCCACCUCGCAAACAAAAUUUACCUCUUCACUUUAAAAGGAAAAUUUAAGGAUUUUUAUCAGGUUUUAAUAGUAAAUCACUCAGCGAACAAGAACGAGGAGGGAUUCUGGAUGAAGAAGACUGCAUAUUUAAAUUGCUAUCAAAAUCUAUGUUUUAAAGAAACAUUGGCCAGCAUUGUUUAGGCAGAUGAUGCUUCUCAUGGGAACUUAUUCCAGGCAAGUCUGCAACAGCACAAAACUUGAAAAUGCCUGUGAGGCAUCUCAAGCAUCUUUUCAAAAGUGAUGUUAAAGAUACUUUUUAAAACCCCUACCAAGGAGAACAGCACAAUAAAAAGUCUCUGCUUGUAAUGUAUUUUAAAAACAAAGAGAAAACAUUUUGUAGCUUUCCCAAUAACAUCAGAGAAUUACUACUAUUUAUAAUUUUGAAAUGUAAGUUUCUGUACAUAUGCUAACUGUUUAUGGUUCUACUUUAUUGCGUAGGGAAAAAAAUCUAAUUUUGUAAGAAAAUAACUUUUGGAGGAAAGGAAGCAACCCUAUAGUCACAAAAAGUGAUUGCAAUCUUCAGAGGUUUUGUUCUUUUUUUUAUUAAUAAUGAAGGACUUGGGACCGCCACAAACUGAGAAAAGUUGCAGUUUGGAGGAACAGUUCAGAAUGGUACACGUUGACGAUCGACUGAUUGUUUCAAAGUAACUUUGGGCGACGCUCAAUUUUCACAUCAUGAAAUCCAGUUCAAACUGUCAGUUAUUCUCUUCUGAAAGUGAUGUUUAUAAACUUAAAUUUAUAUAUAUGCAUUUUGUCCUAAUAUUUGGCAAUUACAUGUUAGACAUGACACCCCACACAGUCAGUGGGUAAUCACCCUUCUUACAGCUAGUAGACCUUAAUGGCCACUGAAGACUAUUUAACAUGGGUGACCAUUGCAGGAAGGCAAGAGUCCUUCAGUGGGCCCAAUAUUUAUAAUCCAGUUGGACUCAGUUGAAAAUACAACUCGAGAUGACCGAGGUCUGUGGAAAAACUAGAACGUAUUUGUCACAGAAGUAUUCUCCGUGGAUGAAGGAUAUUAAAAUAAGUACACCACAUAAUGCAAGCUCACCUGUUUCAAGAGUGUUCCCAUUCCUGUGUGCUUAAUGUGAUGUUAAUUGUAGUAUUGGAAAUGCAGUUUACAGUGCGGAUGUGCACAGCUCCACCCAUGGAGCUCUAUUUUUGUGGGUUUGCUAAUGCAUUGAUUCAAUUAAUAAUAACUGAUUUCUAAUGCUGUCUUUUAUUCUUUCCUUUUAAAAUAUUCAUUUUUCAUAUUCUGAUUUAUCAGUAUACUGGGAUGCUUGUAAACCAUUGUACAUAAUACUAACUUCCUGAACCGUAGUUGCUGGCAUAGCAGAUGUGUUUAGAGUAUUCAUUCCUCAGCCUUUGUCAGAUCUGGGUUUUAGUUUUUUAAGCUUUGUUGCUGCAUCUGACGAUAUGUUGCUGUAUUGGAUAAUUGCUCAUUCUUGAUUGUAACACCAACUUUUUUUUAUUCAGAAGGUGAUGACUUUUCAGAGAUCAAUCACGACAUGGCUAUGGUCAUAGCUGGACUUAUUCAAUAUGUUUCCCAUAGCCAUUCUGAGUCUUUGUCCAGACAGUGAUGUGGAACACACUGCAUGGCUUCUCACAAAUCAGCCAGUUGUAUGGUAUGUGAAAUAAAUAAAAAGGAGUUUGCUGUACUUCUCACAGUCAAAUGUUUUGGUGAGUUGUGUUCUCAGACAGAAAUCAUGACAUUGAAGCUUGUAAACCACUUAACUGCUGCAGGCAAUAAAAAUGGUGUGUGUC